GGUACGAACAAUGUGGAAUAAAUGUGCUGGAUGGUUCAUAAUUAUUAUACUCUUUGAUUUUGUUAUUGGAGAGGACUGUCCACCAGGUAUGGACCUAAACGGAAACAGAUUAUCAAGAAUACAUUGUGAAUUGUAUAAACGAUUUACUUUCGGACCAUGGUCUGGAAAACGUAGUUCUGAUACAGCAUCUCUGCAAUCAUCGAGAAAUCAAAGAGACUUCAGUUCAUGGGGAGGGAAACGUUUUGAAGACAUUUUAUUGAAGACAAAUGAUAAAAAUCAGAAUGAAAAGAAGUAUGAAAGUGAGAUUUUAUCUUGCAUCAAGCGUUUUAACAAUGAUCAGUUUUUUCUUGCGCGGUGUGUUGAACUAGUCCAGAACGACUGCAAGGCUCAUGAAUGUUCCGAAGAUCUAUCAGGAAUACAAAGAAGAGAAUUUUCAGCUUGGGGAGGAUAAUUGAGAUAAUCAAUUGGAAAGUGCAAGAAGAUCAACAGAUUAUCGAUACUAAAAGUGGUCCUUAGGAAAUAUGGAUUUUCAACCUAACGAUAAACCAGUCACGCAUAGAAUACGGGAUUUUAUAAGUAUUAGAUAACAUCAGAGUUAUUCUAAUGUACCAAUGUUUUACUUUCUUUAUAAAUUUACGUCUGAACUUUAUAGUCUGGGGUAUACAUGUUUAAUAUGAUCGCCUUUGUAAAAAUAAUCUGCUCACAAUUUUGUACGCCAGAUGAGCGUUUUAUAUAAAAAAGACUUAUCACGUUAUUCAAAUAUGUGUUGCAGUAAAAUUUGCGCUGUUCAUGUCAUAAUUGUAACUUAUAC